UCGGUUCUGCUUUGUCCAGGACACGAAAAAAAAAAAUCAACAAGAAGCCAUGGCUAAAGCUAGACGUUUCACUGCUUUCCUUUUGAUCUCUUCUCUUUUUCUUGCACCUUACUUUUCCAUCUCAGAGGCAGACAGCUCUGCUCCUAUAACGAGCGGCCUCUCAUGGACUUUCUACAAAUCUUCAUGUCCCAAAGUCGAAUCCAUUAUAAGAAAACAGCUGAAGAAGGUGUUCAAGAAGGACAUUGGCCAAGCUGCUGGCUUGCUUCGUCUUCAUUUCCAUGACUGCUUCGUUCAGGGAUGUGAUGGAUCGGUGCUGCUGGAUGGAUCAGCAAGUGGGCCAAGCGAGCAGGAUGCUCCCCCAAACCUGAGCUUGAGAGCAACGGCAUUCGAGAUCAUCGACGACUUGCGUGAGCGUGUCCACAAAGAGUGUGGAAGAGUCGUCUCUUGCUCUGAUAUCCUUGCUCUUGCAGCUCGUGAUUCUGUUUACCUGUCAGGAGGGCCGGACUAUGACGUGCCGUUGGGAAGGCGGGAUGGACUGACUUUUGCCACAAGAAAUGUAACCUUGCAGAACUUACCACCACCCACUGACAACGCCGACGCCAUUCUCGCCAGCCUCGCUACCAAAAAUUUUGACCCCACUGAUGUAGUAGCUCUCUCUGGUGGCCACACCAUUGGCAUCAGCCAUUGCUCCUCUUUCACCAAUAGGCUUUACCCUACUCAAGACCCUAACAUGGACAAAACCUUUGCCAAUAACCUCAAGGGGAUUUGUCCAACAGCAAAUUCCACAAACACCACCGUGUUAGAUAUAAGGAGCCCUGACAAAUUCGAUAACAAGUACUAUGUUGAUCUCAUGAACCGCCAGGGUCUGUUCACCUCGGACCAAGACCUGUACACUGAUAGCAGGACAAGGGCCAUUGUCACUAGCUUUGCCGUGAACGAGACUCUCUUCUUUGAGAAGUUUGUGCUGUCGAUGAUAAAGAUGGGGCAAUUGAGUGUGUUGACUGGAAAGAAUGGGGAGGUUCGUGCCAAUUGUUCAAUAAGGAAUCCGGAUAACAAGUCGUAUUUGGCGUCUGUGGUGGAAGAGGAAGUGGAGGAGGAAGCUUGGUCUGAGUUUUAAGGGCUUACGUCUCGAAACUGCUGAAACAUUUUAAUUAUGUUUUGUCCUAGAAACUGGUUUAAUCGCAUGUUUUCUAGUAUACUUCUCCCUUUCUUUGUGUUUUCUGAAGGUUGGGUUUGUAAUGGAUGAUAAUUCUGUUAAUAAAAGUAACUAACUUCGUUGAAAACGAGUUUGCAUGAGA